AAGCUGACUUUUUAAACAAAGAAAAAAAUAUCAAAGCAAAGACAGAAGACUUCCUCUUUUGGUCAGAUUGAGGUCAUUAGCUCAGAUUUACUCGUGUGGUGUGGUGUAGGACAGUUAUUCUUUCAUUUAGGGUUGGACUUAGACCUUCAGAUUUAUCUGGACAUCUCACGCAGGACUGAGUUCAUUAUUUUGAUGGGCUUUAUGUUAAAUUUUCUCACUACUGGAUCUGUUUAUUCUGCAGGUUACAUCACUUCAUCUUAUUUUAAAUGGCAAAAUCAUACGAGUUCAAGUGGCGAAGGUCUGUUCCUGUGUUCAUGCAGGAGGGGGAAUAUUUUGACAGAUUCGAGGAGGAUCCAUUUAUUUUUGAGGCAAACUGUUUCUUCAAAGUUGAUGCUUUUGGAUUUUUUCUCACAUGGGAAAGUGAUGGAAAGGAAGGUCAAGUUCUGGAAUGUUCACUAAUCAACAGAGUAUAUGAAGCAAAUCUACCCAAGGACCCAAAGAUAGUUUCAGCUCUGGAGGCGUCGGGUCACGGUCAUCUGGAGGGCAGAAUCAUGUGUAUAUGCAGCGGUACAGACCUGGUCAACCUAAACUUCAUGUAUAUGAUCACACCUGACUCGAGCACAACCAGGCAGUGGACAGAUGGCUUACGAUCAUUGAUUCAUAACUCUCGUGCCAAUAAUGUUUGUAUGAUGACCUGUCUGAGAAAACAUUGGAUGCGGUUGUCAUUUUUGACCAAUGUGAAUAGGAAAAUCCCUGUCAGGAGUAUCACCAGAACGUUUGCUUCAGGCAAAACUGAGAAAGUCAUUUUCCAGGUGCUCAAAGAUCUUGGUUUACCCAGUGGAAAGAAUGAUGAAAUUGAGCAGGAAAUCUUCACAUUUGAGAAUUUCUACAGCCUUACACAGAAGAUUUGUCCUAGAACCGACAUAGAAAAUCUCUUCAAGAAACUCAUGGGAGACAAAAGUGAUUAUUUAAGUGUAGAGCAUUUAGUGCACUUUCUGAAUAAAAGUCAACGAGAUCCACAUCUGAAUGAGAUUUUAUUCCCAUUCUGUGACUCGAAACGCGCUUUGCAGAUCAUUGAGCGACACGAACCCAAUGAGACAUUGAAAAGAAAAGGUCUGAUGUCCUUCGAUGGUUUCUGUCGGUAUCUGAUGUCGGAUGAAAACGCUCCUGUGUUUCUGGAUCGCCUGGAAGUUUACCAGGAGAUGGAUCAUCCUCUGUCUCAUUACUUCAUCAACUCAUCUCACAACACUUACCUGACCGGUCGACAGUUUGGCGGCAGAUCUUCAGUGGAGAUGUACAGACAGGUGCUGCUCUCUGGCUGCAGGUGUGUUGAAUUGGACUGUUGGGAUGGGAAAGGUGAAGACCAAGAUCCGAUAAUCACACACGGAAAGGCCAUGUGUACAGAUGUGCUUUUCAAGGAUGUUAUUCAGGGAAUUAAGGAAACAGCCUUUGUAACAUCCGAGUUUCCUGUGAUUUUGUCUUUUGAGAACCACUGCACAAAACCUCAGCAGUAUAAACUGGCCCGAUACUGUGAGGAUAUUUUUGGAGAUUUGCUCCUAAAGCAACCGCUGGAUGACUUCCCGAUGGAGCCCGGUCAACCACUGCCGUCUCCCAAUGACCUCAGGGGAAAAAUUCUCAUUAAGAAUAGACGAUUGAAACCUGAGGUCGAAAAAAAGCAGCUGGAUCAUUGGAAGAAGCACAUGGAGGCUGGAGAGCCAAGCGUCUCCACAAACAUCUCUGAAGAUGAGACUGAAGAGGAGAUGUCUGCUGAGCUGUAUAAUGAAGCUCAUCCUGAGCGGAUACACGCAUGUUUGAUCAGCGAGGAAGACCGUCAAGAUGAAGAGCCGCUACCACACACAAAGGCCGGAGAAACAAAUGUAGCAGAUGAGCUUGCUUUGAUUCAGUCGUACACGUACGUCGCAGCAACCACAAAUAUCCACCCGUAUCUUUCCAAUAUAGUCAACUACGCCCAGGCGGUGAAGUUUCUAGGUUUUGGUGAAGCUGAAGAGAAAAAUAUCCACCACAACAUGUCUUCCUUCAAUGAAUCCGUCACUUUAGGGUAUUUAAGAACAAACGCCAUUGAAUUUGUGAACUACAACAAACGGCAGAUGAGUCGAAUCUACCCUAAAGGAGGACGAGUGGACUCCAGUAAUUAUAUACCUCAGAUAUUCUGGAACGCCGGCUGCCAGAUGGUUUCUCUGAACUUCCAGACCCCAGAUUUGGCCAUGCAGCUGAACCAGGGCAAGUUUGAAUACAACGGCUCAUGCGGGUAUCUUCUGAAGCCAGAUUUUAUGCGACGACCAGAUCGCACCUUCGACCCGUUUUCAGAAACACCUGUGGAUGGGGUCAUCGCAGCCACCUGCAGUGUUCAGGUAAUAUCAGGUCAGUUUCUAUCUGAUAAGAAGAUCGGUACGUAUGUUGAAGUGGAUAUGUACGGACUGCCCACAGACACCAUACGGAAAGAGUUUCGCACGAGAAUGGUGAUGAACAACGGUCUAAACCCGGUGUAUGAUGCAGAACCCUUCGUCUUUAGAAAGGUAAUCCUCCCAGACCUCGCUGUCCUCCGAGUGGCUGUGUACGAUGAUAACGGUAAACUGAUCGGCCAGAGAAUUCUGCCGCUGGACGGAUUGCAGUCGGGUUACAGACACAUCUCUCUGAGGAAUGAAUAUAACAAACCUCUGUCUCUGGCCACGGUCUUCUGCAACAUCAUCCUCAAAACAUACGUGCCUGACGGUUUCGGAGCUAUCGUAGAUGCUCUGUCGGAUCCCAGAAAGUACUUAUCCAUCUGUGAGAAGAGAACCGACCAAAUGAAAGCCAUGGGCAUUGAAACAUCAGAUAUCGCUGAUGUACCGAAUGACAGCUGUAUGAGAAGUGACAAACGGACUGCGAUGUUGCCACAGAAAGAGAGGCAGAAAUCUGAACGAAACCAAAGUACUGUCAACUGUUACAAAGAGGACACAUCAAUGCUGACACCACGACUGACCAUCGAUGAUUUAAAGCAGUUAAAGAGCUACUUAAAAUUAGUCAAGAAGCAGCAGAAGGAGGCAAACGCUUUGAAGAAGAAGCAGAUGAAGGCACACGCGGCACUGCAGAGUUCACACAGCGCUCAGGUGGACAGGAUUGAUGCUCAACAUGCUAAAGAGAAACAAACUCUGGAGAAACAACUUUUCAAAAGCAUCAAGAAAUCCAAUGAGAGUCAUGAAAUGAAAACAGACAUUGAAAUGCAAAUCAAGGCUUUAAUCACAAAUCACAAAACAAAGUUGAAGGACGUGGUCAGCGUUCACGCGCUCGAGAUGACAGAUUUGAUCGGACGUCACUCGAGUGAAGAGCAGAAACAAAAAGAGCAACAAAACCUUCAACAAUGUGAGGAACUUCACAGACUGAUGCUGGAGGAACAAGAGGAACAAACCCGUCGACUUUCUGCUCUCCAUGAAAGGGAGUGUAAGGAGAUGAGAAGAAAACAAGCCAAGAUCUCAAUGGAGAGCAGUCGAGCCAUCAGUCAUGACAGAAGUAUUAAGAUCAAAGCUGAACGAGAGCGACGGGUUCGAGAGCUAAACAGCACAAACACCAGAAAGUUUCUUACUGAACGAAAGAAGCUCGCAUUGAAACAGUUAAAGGAGAGCAAGCGACUUCAGGAAGAUCAACAAGAACAACGUGAGAAACUUGAGAAACACAAUCAGGAGCUGUUGAACGCAUGUUAUGCAAAAUCAUCAUGGCCAGGCCAAACAGACACGAUGCAUGAAGAGAAGAAAGAACGUGACGCUGACCAAUCAGAUGAGAGCUUUUCAUCAGGUCACUGAGAAUACACACACUGUUACUGAUACUCAGAAAGCACUGACACUACUGUAGUUAUUAUUGUUGCUUUAAUGGCUGUUACAUGGAGUUUGUAAUGAGUUUGGUAUAUAUAUAUAUACUUACUGUAAAAAUAGCACAGAAUUUAUAACGGCUGCAAAUGAGCACACAUGUUUAAUGGCUUAAAUAAGAGAAGAUUUAAACCUUGACCUUGGGUUUUAAUUACUUUAAUAAUCCAAUAUUAUAUAUUGUGUACUAAAACUCAUGUAAAAUAUUUACUCUACUGGUUGUCAUUUCAUUAGUACUGUAUAAACAUGUUCCUAUCUCAAAUGAUUAUUCACUUAAAAUGAAUUAAAGUAACUUUCUGGCUUUACAAUGAGUCUUUGGACAAUGAGCUGUCUUAUAGAGCCAUCUUAGGUUGAUAGUAUGAAUAAAAACCAUACAGAAAAAAGUUUUUAAAUCAUUUUACAUUAAGAAAUUAAAGAUGUUCACACCACAACUAACAAUAGCAAUAAAGAGAAAUUAUGUAGUUGGGAUAAAUUUUUGAGCAUUUUUUCCAGCUGAUGAAUGUAUAAAUUUUUAAAGCUAAUUGAAAUCUUUUUGCAUUGAUCAAGCUUUGUUGCACUGAAUCUGGAUUUCUUUUCUUUUUUUAAGUCAAUGCUUUCCUAAUGAAGACAUUUUUUAUUAAUUAAUUUUAAAUUAUUCAUAAACAACAAUGUAUUUAUAUACUAUAAUUAAUAUCAACCUGCUGUUUAUUACAUAAUGCAU